AUGGGUCUAAUCGAGCUUCAUCUCGAUGAAGUUGACCUAGUUCGAGCUAACCAAUUUAAUGACUAUCGACCUAAUUUGAUAAUGAUAUGGUAUGAUGUGAAAUUGAUAGCGGUGGUGUGGCUGGUGUUGCCACAGUUCAGAGGAGUUGCUUUCAUCUACAAUAAAUUUGUGAAGGAGAAGGUGAUUAAGCGAUACUACCCUAGGAUUAGAGGAGGCGAGCACAAAUCAUCGUCAUCGCCCCCAAACGGAAAGAAGAAGAACAAGCUUGUUGAUCUUAUGACCACUAAGGAAUCCAGUUGA